AUGUUUAAUACUAAGCUUAAUAGUUCUACUCCUUUUUCUACUCCAGCGCCUGCACCAACAGGUAAUAAUACUUCAUUAUUUGCACAAAAACCCAAUGGAUUGUUUAACAAUGUCAAUAAUGCAACAUCAUUAGGUACUUCUACACCAAGUCCGUCUACCGGAUUAUUCGGGAACAAACCCACUACACAAUCUACUACUACUUUAGGUGGUGGAUUGUUUGGCAAUAGUACUACUUCUCAGAAUAAACCUGGUGGUCUUUUUGGCACAGCUACAUCUAACACUACCAUUACUAACACUCCAACUGGUGGAUUAUUUGGAAAUUCUGCUAUUGCCAACAAGAAUACUACGUUAGCACCACCUAGUGGUCUAUUUGGUAAUAGUACUUCUACUAAACAAAAUCCAGGUGGACUAUUUGGUUCUAAGCCUACAACCGCUACAGCAACUGGAACCACAACAGGUGGACUAUUUGGUAAUUCCUCUUUAUCAAAAACUAAUACAAUAGGUUCAACUACCGGUUCCUCCUUAUUUGGUAACUCUAGUACAAAUACUUUAAAUGGUAAUAAUUUAUCUGGAGGUGGUAAUAUUUUCAGUAAUAAGCCCACUUCUGUGAAUAGUUUAUUUGGUAAUUCUGCUACUUCUCAACCAGCAGCUCCACAACAACUUCAGUUAAAUCCCUAUGGUUUGAAUGUUAGUUGCAACACGACUGUAAAUAUAUCCAAUAUGCCAGCUCCAAUUGUAGAGACAGUAAAGAAAGUUUCUGAUGAAGAGAGUAGACCAGAAAAUACUAAAAAACCUAUUCUUACUAACAAGAGAUCUUUUUCAGCAACUUCAAAUAUUACUACUCCAAUAAAUAAUGCCUCUCAUUCUAGCUUAUUCCACAAUUUAAAUUCUAAAUUAAAUACCAUUAACAAUAUUAAAUCCACGAAAGGGAUAUUUUCCUCAUCUUGGAAUUCCACGGAGUACUUAAAAUCGAAUAAUUCAUUGAACCAAAGAGUUACGACUGUUAAAGAUAUUGCCAAGAUAACCAACAAAUAUAACAAUGUUCAAGAAAUGCGUAGAUUAAAAAUCGAUACUGAGAGAAGUGCAAUCAAAAAAAUGAAAUUAUUAUCUGGGACCCCCUUAAUCACUAAAUCAAACAGUCAAGAAAAGCCCCGUGAAACAAUUACCGAUAAUGUUGUGGAAUCGAAGGCAAAAGAUAAAGACCAAGUAGAAGCACAAUGUAGUAAUCUGGACACCAAAAAUAAUGAUGAAGGAAAAAGUGAUAAGACUUCAAAAUUAUCAGAAAAGGACAAUUUUAAUUCAAAUAACAUAGUUACUGAAAAUACGGAAUAUUGGUGUUCACCUUCAAUUGAAACAUUAUCUAAAAUGCCACCAACCAAAUUAAAGACUAUAUCAAAUUUCAUUAUUGGAAGAAAAGGCUUUGGUAAUAUAUCUUUUAAUUAUGCUGUUGACUUAUCUGCUUUUGUACCAAACCUAAAAGAAGAACUAUUUGGAAAAACAGUUACAUUUCAUUCAACCAAAACUGUUGAAGUUUAUCCAGACCAAAAUAACAAACCUGCUGUCGGAUACGGUUUAAAUGUUCCUGCUACUAUUUCCUUAGAAAAAAUAUAUCCUAUUGAUAAGAAGACAAAAAAACCAAUAACUGAUGUCUCUAAGACUGAUGAAAUACAAGUUUUGAUUACAAAAUUAAAAAACAUGAGAGACAUGGAAUUUGUGUCUUAUAAUCCAUUUGGUGGUAUUUGGACUUUCAAAGUAAACCAUUUUAGCAUAUGGGGACUUAUUAACGAAGAGGAUGCUGAAGUUGAUAAACAAGAAAUUGACACAUGUAGACAAAAUACUUGUAAUGACAUUUAUCCUACAAAUUAUGGAUCUGGUAAGCAACACAUGAAUUUUCAAAGCAUCAGCAAUAAAAACGAUGAAGAUUACUUGAUGGAAGAUUCAGAAUCUAUGUUGAAUGAAAAUAUCAUUCAAGUUAAACAAUAUGAACCAGAUAUAUCAGAACAAGAUUUUGAUGCUUUACAAGCUAACCCUGAUUUGAAUGUUUCUGAUAAUUGGGUGGAGCAAUUGAAAUUAGCAGGUUCAUGUGAUCACACUAUUUUUACAAAUGGAUCAGAGUUAAUGUCUAUCCAGGAUACAGUUAAAAAAGUCUUUGGUAAAUUUAAUAAAGAACACGACGCAUACAGACAAAUCACAAAGAACCAACGACUAGGUAGUACUUCAAAUUUUUCAUCUAUAUUAUUUAAUAAUAGCAUACUUAUUAAAAAUAGACACAGUAUUUCAGGUGUUUCCAUUUACACUCCCAAAUCAGAAUGUGGCAAUAAGUUUAAUAUUAAAAGAGAACUUUUUCAAAAACAUAUUGCAUCUUCCAUUGUAGCCAUAAGAAGCAGUUCUCAAUUACCAUAUAUUAAAGAGUUUGAUCUUAAAUUUAGUGAUAUAUUGCAAAUUGUACCACAAAAUGAUCCAAUGUAUAAUGUUUGGAAAUUAUGUUCAAUCUUAUUUGAUGGUAUUGAAUUGUCUUUUGAAGUAGAAAAUGAUACAGUCAAAGAAACUUUAUUAAAACAAAUGAGAUAUGAUCAAUUAUCAUCAUGGUUAAAGAAUAAUACUACACCUAUAUUACAUAACAAAGAUAUUGACAAAAGUGAUCCGCUUGAUUGCAUUUUCAUAGCCUUGUUAAAAAAUGAUAUCGUCGAGGCAACUAAAUUGGCUAUUUCAACAAAUAACAAACAUUUAGCUGUUUUAAUUUCCUAUCUAGGUUCUAAUGAUCCUCGAAUCCGUGAUCUAUCAAAAUUACAAUUAACAUCAUGGAAAGCUAAUGGCCAUUCUGUUAAUCCAAAAAUUAGAAAAGUUUAUCAGCUAUUAUCAGGAGAAUUAUUCAAUGACAAGUUACAAAUUACAAAUUUUAUUGAACAAUAUGGUUGGUUGCCAACAUUCUCUCUGGCUAUAUUUUAUGGUCAAGUUGAUGAAAUGAGUUUAGAAGAAUUAAUUGGAUGCAAUUUAUUUAUUAUUGAAAAAGCGGAUGAUAUACUAAUAUCUAAAAUAUUUGAAAUAUAUGCCCAAGUAGGUAACAUUGAUAAGUUAUUGGAACAAAUAUCAACUAAUACUGCAAAGAAUUCUAACAUCAAUAUUCAAUUUAUCUGGUAUCUAACUCAAAUUUUAAUAUUUCGAAAUCAUCGUAGUAUCUCCAAAUCAUUACAGGAUCAUAUUGGCUUAUCAUAUAUUGAUCAAUUAAAAUUGCUGGGAAGUGCAUUGCCCGCAUUAUAUGUAUCAUUAUUUAUAAAUGACAAUAAUAUAAUGCAACAAACCAGUCAGGAUAUCCUAGAUCAUAAUAUCUCUUUUAUUUGGAAAAAUCCCGAGGAAAGAAACAUGAUACUAGAAAAAUUAAAAUUACCAAAAAAGAAUGUUUAUGAAGCAUUAGCUUUAUACGAGAAAUACAACGGUAAUUACAUCAAGGAGAUAGAAUAUUUGAUUUUAGGUGGAUUAUUUGAAAACGCUGGUAAGUUAAUCUGUAGUGAAGUUGGUCCAAAGCUUCUUUUAUGCUAUAAUCAAGAUAAAGAUGCAGAAUAUUUGAAUAUUUUAAAAGACUUUUUAGAAAAAAUAUCACCAUCAAAGUACCAGAAAACUUCCCAAGAAUUAUCUAUAUUUUCCCAAUUCAUCGAGCUUGUAUCAAACAACAAAAAUAAGGAUUUUAAGAAAGAGCAUAUUACAUCUUUGCAAGAAAAUGUUAAUAAGUAUUAUGAAGAUAAUAAACAUAUUAAAAUUGUUCCAGCCUGCUGUAACAUUAUAAACAAAAGGCUACAGACUAUGCUUAAUGAAUAA